AGAAGCUCGAGAAACUUUAGGUCCCUCUUCCUACCCGCUUCCGCAGCCGCGAUCUGUGGUUCCCAACCCAGUCCUCAGAGAAACAUGCAGAGACCCCUCCCUCCUGCUUCCUCCCCCCCCCUAACUGGUGGCCACCUAGUGCAUCCUGAGCCCAGCACUCCGAGCUCCCCACCCCACGCCACCUCCCGCCCAGGCCCGCAGGUUCAGACAGACGCCUGAGCUUCUGAGGCAGGUCGAGAAACAUGCGCGCGCACAUGCGUCCAGCGGGUCUCCAGAAGAGAGGCAAAAGGGGCGGGGCUCCCAGAAGGCGCCUGGUCAGAGGAAGUGACGUCCAUGCCACGCAUAACCUUUGACCUUGACCUCUUGGAACUAAAUCCGUGCUACUAACCUGUGGUUUGGUCCUCCGCUAUUGCUCUAUCUCCGUUUUCCCCUCCUCCCAACAAUUUUUAAUUGGGCCGAGAAACCUUCCACUUGUUGGGCGAGCAGUACCCUCCAUGGCGCACAUCACCAUCAACCAGUAUUUACAACAGGUAUAUGAAGCAAUUGACACCAGAGACGGAUUGUCUUGUUCAGAGUUGGUAUCUUUUAAGCAUCCUCAUGUUGCAAAUCCCCGGCUUCAGCUUCCCUCUCCAGAAGAGAAGUGUCAACAAGUUUUGGAACCUCCUUAUGAUGAAAUGUUUGCAGCUCAUUUAAGGUGUACCUAUGCUGUGGGAAACCAUGAUUUCAUUGAAGCAUACAAAUGCCAGACUGUGAUUGUUCAAUCUUUCCUGAGAGCAUUUCAAGCCCACAAAGAAGAAAACUGGGCUUUGCCUAUUAUGUAUGCUGUAGCUCUUGAUCUUCGGAUAUUUGCUAAUAAUGCUGACCAACAGUUGGUGAAGAAAGGGAGAAGUAAAGUUGGGGAUAUGUUGGAAAAGGCAGCUGAAUUGCUGAUGAGCUGUUUUCGAGUGUGUGCUAGUGAUACUCGUGCUGGUAUAGAUGACUCUAAGAAGUGGGGAAUGCUAUUUCUGGUCAAUCAACUAUUUAAAAUUUACUUUAAGAUCAACAAACUUCAUCUUUGUAAGCCCUUAAUUAGAGCAAUUGAUAGCUCAAAUCUGAAAGAUGACUACAGCACAGCACAGAGAGUUACAUACAAGUACUAUGUUGGUCGCAAGGCGAUGUUUGACAGUGAUUUUAAGCAAGCUGAAGAAUAUCUAUCAUUUGCCUUUGAGCAUUGUCACCGUUCAAGUCAGAAAAAUAAAAGAAUGAUUCUAAUAUAUCUGCUGCCAGUAAAAAUGCUGUUGGGUCAUAUGCCAACAGUUGAGCUUUUGAAAAAGUAUCAUCUUAUGCAAUUUGCAGAAGUAACCAAAGCUGUGAGUGAAGGAAAUCUUCUGCUCUUGAAUGAAGCUUUAGCAAAACAUGAAACUUUCUUUAUUCGCUGUGGUAUUUUUCUUAUUCUUGAGAAGCUGAAGAUCAUCACCUAUCGAAAUCUCUUUAAGAAAGUAUAUUUAUUACUCAAAACACAUCAGCUUUCUCUUGAUGCUUUUCUAGUUGCCUUAAAAUUCAUGCAAGUUGAAGAUGUUGAUAUUGAUGAAGUUCAGUGCAUUUUAGCUAAUCUCAUAUACAUGGGUCAUAUUAAAGGAUACAUAUCUCAUCAGCAUCAAAAGCUAGUGGUUAGCAAGCAAAAUCCUUUUCCUCCACUUUCAACUGUGUGUUGAUUCUUCAACAUUCUGCAGAUUGUGCAACAUUAAGACUAAACAAUUUUUGCAGAAAUUUAAACUUGCAAAACUUUUUUCAAAAAUAAGUCAUGCAGUUGAAACUCAAAAGUAAUUCUGUUACAUUCAGGACUGGAAUCUUGGAAACUUCUCAUGGCUUCUUUCCCAGGGACACAAGCUAUGAACUUGGCAGAGUUACCUAGGGGACAUGAAUUGCUCCUUUAUAAAAUACAGCUUCUAUUAACUUCGGUAUGAUCUGAAGUUUCUAUUUAAAAAAAAAAAAAAGAAAAAAAAGAAAAGAAAACAUUCCUAGUCUACCAUGAAGCUUUUACCAAACUUCUGUAAAGAUGGUGUUUUGAAAAUUAAGGCAGCUAAACAUUUUACUUUUCACAGUGCUAUUCAUAAAAUGACCUUUGUACUUUUUCAUAACUUUUUUUGGGGGAAAAACAUUCAGUAUGUAUGGAAAAUGUGAAUUCUUUAUCUUUCAGAAUAUCAGGAUUUCAGUAUUCCAUUUGAAAAUUUUGUCCAUAACAGCUUAGAUUACUUUGAGAGAGAAAUUACAUUUGAUUUUGAAUGCUGCUUUUCCUUGUAUUUACUCACUACAACUUAACAUUUUCAUAUUUUGCAGAAUAAGCACAUUUGUUUGUUUUUUUUUUCCUAACUAUGACAAAUGCUUUGGAAAAUCAUUCUCACCUCAGAUCUUUGCAGUCUUGUAAGUUUGUUGCACAGAAAUUCUCUAUAAACAUCUCUCCACUUUAUCUGAGGAAAAGAACUCUUCAAAUUCCUCCUAUUAUGCUAGGAAUACAAAAGGUAGAACCAUAAUCCAUUUUCUUUCUCAUUAUCAAGUUUAUCUGAACCCUGACAAAACUGUCUUCCCUACUUUCUCAAUAUUGGGAAUGUUGUGAGAAUGAUUAGAACAGCUGUAGACUACCUCUUUGCUUUUCCACAUCAUAAUCUCCCAGUUGUCUUGGAAUUCCUAGUAGCAUUCUGGUUUCAGACUAGCAUGAAUCACUCUCCAUUUCUCAGGAUAGUAGAGAUCCCCACAAAAGCAUUCAGAAGCUACUCAAAAAAAAAAAAAAAAAAAGGAUGUAAUCUCAUUGCAAGAGGUCUUCCCUUGCUGUAUUUUGAUAAUGAAAUUUUUGCUGUACCAAAAUAAGUUUUCCAGUACCCACUAGUACCCUCAUUUGGAAGGGUUUAGUUUUAAUGUAUGUGUUAAAUAUAAACUUCUAUACAAAUAUAAGGUAUUUUUUUAAAAAAUAAAAUGUUAUUGAUAUUUUUCAUUUUUGUCAUCUAAAUUUCUCCCCGCAUCUCUGUUCCUUCUCCCAAAAAGCCAUCCCAUGUAACAACAAAAAAAAUUAAGAUGAAGAAGAGAAAAAAUAAUCAGCAAACCUAUCAGUGUGUUGUCCCCCUUCCCCCUGCCAAAAAAAAAAAAAA